AUGGAACAAGAGGGAAAAUCAUCUGAAACAGGUUCAAAUUCAGGAUCUAACUCCGACACAUCAGUGUUGGACGAAGUCACAAAUCGAUUCCAGAAAAUUUCUACAUCUGGUGCAAAUGACGCAGCUACAUCACCGGCCGGUCAAACGAUUCCAUCAUCAUUGACAUUUGAUUGUCUUGAAGAGAUAAUAAAAAAUCUUUUUGACAAUAAGCCAGCAUUAUUCUCAUGUGCGCUGGUCAACAGAUCAUGGUGCAGAAUCGCCAUUCCCCUACUGUGGUGUCGUCCGUUCGAACACCGCAUGAGCACUCGUAAAUUCUCAGAGAUCAUACGGACAUACGUUUCCCUCCUUCCGGAAUCCUCAAGACGACUUUUGAACACCCGCGUAAUUCGACUACCUAGCAAACCGCUACUGUUCAAUUACCCGAAAUAUCUAAGGAGCUUCGAUGUAUCAAAUUUCCAAGAUGGUCUGUACUUUUUGCUCUGCUCGUCUGUCCAGCUCAAUCUCAAUACAGUACAAAAGUACGUUCAGGUACUUGGAAAUUUUCUAUUUGGGCAGACUGAAGGAUUGAAAUUAUUGAAGAUCGACGACCCGUUGAAUAGUCAUAUUCUUAUAGACAUUUCUGAGUUCGAAGAUGUGUACAUGAAAUUACGGUUCUUGGAAUCAAUUGAAUUUAAUUUGAACAGGAUGAACAUAAAAAAUGAGUCGAAAAGAUUUCAAAAAUUCUGCAACACCCUGUCCAAACACGCCUAUUAUCUGAAACAAAUCGCCAUCGACUACAAUUUGCAAAUUAAGUGUACGGAACAAUUGUAUUCGAUUUCAAAGUUAAUCGAGGCACAACGCAAUUUGGAAUCGGUAACAACAAUGGAGUUUUGGGUUUUCAAUAACAAAAAAAUCAUAUACGAUAUCUUGAAAACGCAGUCACAUAGUCUCAGGUAUUUGUGUAUAAAUGGUGUGGCCAAUGUGGAUAAGUUGUUGGAGUUGAUUAAAGUCUGUAAAGAAUUGGGAGUACUCGAGAUUUUUGGAUUUCAAGAUUUUAGUCCUAGAUUUACCACUGAUAGUUCCAGUAGUAAUUGUAGCGAUAAAGCUGAUAUAAAUAUAUCACACAGCAAUGAUAAUCACGAUAAUAAUUCGGAUGUCUCUCCAAAGAUUCAUCAGAUUAAGUUAGGGAGGCUGUCGUGUAAUGACGUAUUCUCCAGCGUAUCCACAAGUUACUCUCCAACCAUGAGUUUGAUAAUCCGAAUGUCAAAUGUAUACUUACAAGAACUUCUAUUAAGCGACCUUACUAUGGAGUUAAUGGAAUGUAUUCAACAGCAGUGCCCCAACCUGAAGAAGUUUUGUGCUUCAAUGAUCUUCUCACUAUGUCCAUCCUUUUUUCCAGUACUGAAGGGAAUGAAGAAGCUGGAAUAUUUAUAUUUACAGACGAGACACGAUGAGAUGUUUUAUCAUAGGAAAAGACUUCAAAUUAGUGACAACAAAGAUGAGAUUAAGGAAUUUGUAAAGUCUCUUCCAUUAACACUACUUCACCUAGAGCUUGAUUUUAAAAUUAACGCGGACGGAUUAGUGAUAUUGUUUGAUGAAUGCAACGUAGGAUUAUGCACUUUUGUGUUGCAUAAUUACUUUUUGGAUGAGAAGGUCGUAAGAUCGGUGGUGAAGUAUGCGAGGAGGGUCGGUACGUUAAGAAAGUUUAGGUAUGGACGUACCUGGAAUGAGGGAACGUUGUGGAAUAUUAUGGGUGAUGUUAUGAACGAAGCGAGAGAAGUCAUUGGAAAUGUCGGCCCAAUUUAA